AUGGACCGAUUUAUUACUCUCAUAAUCACUCUCUUAAUUUUCUAUGCUAGCCUGGUUACUUCAGAAAUCUUAAUCAAUACACCGGAAAGUCCAUUAAUUAUAGGAAAAGUGGAGACCGUUAGCUGGUCUAGCGACACGCCUUUAGAAGGAACCGGCGAGUUACGCCUUAUGUUUAAUGCAUCCGUAAAUAUUUUAGUAGACCUUAAGAUGGACUUAAAACCCUUAUUCUAUAAUUGGAUAAUUACGAGUCCACCUGGAACUUAUUACUGGGGUUUAUUUUCUACUCAAAAAGCCGCAUUUUCUCGUGAAUUUUCUAUUAUCAAUGCACCCGAUACAAGUAGUCCCACUACUGCAAUAGCAACAGCGUCGUCACCAGCGACAACAAUAAUUGUAACCAAAACCCAAACAAUUAUAAAUAAUGGUGGCCAAGGUUCAUCGUUAAGUAAGGGAAUCAUUAUAGGUGUUGCUAGUGUCGUCGGAAUCGCAGCCCUUGCAGGCCUUUCUGUCUAUGGAUUUUUGUAUUUCAGGAGAAGGAAAUAUAUUCCAACACCUGGAGAAGAUUUGUUUUGCAUUGGGGACCUUGGAUCCGCCUGGAUUUUUAUGGAUAUAACUAAGAAUUCACAAGUUUUGCUUGUGUAUCUUCUGUACAAUUAUGAAUCAGAUGCUGAAGAAAGCGAAAAUGUGAAACAUGUUCACAAUAGAUCGGGUUGUCUUGCAACCAAUGCGUCGUUGCCCUCCUUGAAUGCAAAAUUUGGGUAA